AUGGCGGAAGUACUGAACAUUUCGAAAAUCCCCAUUUUUUCAAAAAAGGAAAAAGAAUUUAGUGAUUUACAAAAAAGUAAAGAAGAAAAUGAAAAGAUUUUAAGCAGAGAAACGGACAGAUUUACACUCUACCCCAUUUUGUAUCCAGAUGUGUGGGAUUUUUAUAAAAAAGCAGAAGCAUCAUUUUGGACAGCGGAGGAAAUAGAUUUAUCGAGUGAUUUAAAAGAUUUCGAAAAAUUAAAUGAUAAUGAAAAGCAUUUUAUAAAACAUGUUUUAGCAUUUUUUGCAGCAAGUGAUGGAAUUGUUUUGGAAAAUUUAGCUAGUAAGUUUUUACGACAAGUUCAAAUUACAGAGGCAAAAAAAUUUUAUUCUUUUCAAAUAGCUGUUGAAAAUAUACAUUCCGAAACAUACAGUUUAUUAAUUGAUAAUUACAUAAAGGAUGAAAAAGAAAGAUUGAAUUUAUUUCAUGCUAUAGAAAAUAUACCAGCUGUAAAAAAUAAAGCAUUAUGGGCAGCCAAAUGGAUAAAUGAUACUAAUUCCUUUGCAGAAAGGAUAGUGGCAAAUGCAUGCGUAGAAGGAAUUUUAUUUAGUGGAAGUUUCUGUGCAAUAUUUUGGUUUAAAAAGCAAAAUAAGUUACAUGGAUUGACAUUCAGUAAUGAAUUGAUUAGUCGAGAUGAAGGACUACACACAGAUUUUAACUGUUUAAUUUAUAGUUUAUUAGAAAAUAAAUUACCAGAAGAAGUUGUGCAGAAUAUCGUUAAAGAGGCAGUAGAAGUAGAAAGAUCAUUUAUAUGCGAAUCUUUGCCUUGUGAUUUAAUUGGGAUGAAUUCUAGAUUAAUGUCUCAGUAUAUCGAAUUUGUCGCUGAUCGAUUACUGGAAUGUUUGGGGUCUUCCAAAAUUUUCCAUUCAAAGAAUCCAUUCAACUGGAUGGAUCUCAUAUCCCUACAAGGAAAAACAAAUUUUUUUGAAAAGCGAGUUGCAGAUUAUCAGAAAUCGGGAGUCAUGGCACAGAGAAAGGAUCAGGUCUUCUGCCUCAACAGUGACUUCUAA